AAUAACAUCAAAAUACGUAAAUCUACGGAGUCAGCCUAUUUUUUAAAAUAAUUUCUCGUAAGUUGUGGUUCUAGAUUUAAGUAACUUCAUUGUACCUUAUUGUAUUGCUUGUCAUUCAACGAACCAUAUAAAGUUGAAGAGCAAACUAGGCAAUUAUUCACCUGCAAGAGGCGCUGCAUCAUGAGUCUGCUAAAGUUUACCGGUUCCGCAUUGAGCAGGGUGGCCGUGACGCCGAUGUUUACGAGAGCUUCGUCGCAUUUUGUUUACACGCCGGAUGCGAAGGCCCCGGUCGAAGGUCCCACCAAGAAAAUGAACAUGUUCCAGGCCAUCAACAAUGCUAUGGACAUCGCCAUGGAGCGGGACAGCUCGGCGAUGGUUUUUGGGGAGGACGUCGCCUUCGGAGGCGUGUUUCGCUGCUCGAUGGAUCUGCAGAAGAAGUACGGCAAGGAUCGUGUGUUUAAUACCCCUCUGUGUGAACAGGGCAUUGCUGGUUUUGCGAUCGGGGUGGCCAACACGGGAGCGACUGCCAUUGCGGAGAUACAGUUUGCCGAUUAUAUUUUUCCGGCGUUUGAUCAGAUUGUGAAUGAAGCGGCCAAGUACCGGUAUAGGAGCGGAAAUCUGUACGACUGUGGAUCGUUGACUUUCCGGGCUCCAUGCGGAGCGGUCGGCCAUGGUGCCUGCUACCAUUCGCAGAGUCCCGAGGCGUAUUUUGCACAUACGCCUGGGCUGAAGGUGGUGGUGCCGCGAGGUCCGAACAAAGCCAAAGGAUUGCUGCUGGCUUGCAUCAAAGAGAAGGAUCCGUGCAUUGUUUUCGAACCGAAAACGCUGUACCGAGCAGCAGUGGAGGAAGUUCCAGUGGCACCAUUUGAGGUCACACUUGGAAAAGCCGAUGUGCUGCGGGCUGGUAACGACUUAACCUUGAUCGGUUGGGGAACGCAAAUUCACGUUCUGACGGAAGUGGCCGAUAUGGCGAAGAAGCAGUACGGGGUCAAUUGCGAAGUGAUCGACUUGGUGUCGAUAUUGCCGUGGGACAAGGAAACAGUUUGCAAUUCGGCGAAGAAAACCGGUCGCGUGCUGAUCGCCCACGAGGCCCCACUAACAAGUGGAUUUGGAGCGGAACUGGCUGCCACCAUCCAAGAGGAAUGUUUCCUCCAUCUGGAGGCACCGAUUGCGCGGAUCGCCGGCUGGGACACCCCGUUCCCGCAUGUUUUCGAACCAUUCUACAUCCCGGACAAGUUCCGGUGCCUGGACGGCGUUAAGAAGCUGAUUGACUACUGAGCAUUAAAGUUGGACCGGUGUGUUGAUAAGUUGAUGAUUGCGAUUAGUGUCUUCCAGCUUCAGUAGAUAGAGCCAUGUCAAACAUGUGCUUAACAGUUAGACAAAUGGUUUACACCACAAAAUAGCUCAAUCUGAUUGAAUCGUGAAAUAUGAUGCAUUUAUUAGAUUGUAAGAUUGGAAAUAAUCGAAUUUAGUUGUUGUUUUGCGGAAAAUUAAUUUUGUAGCCAUAGUAUAAGCACAGACUUGUCUGUGGAAUAAGUUUACAUGAAAUGUACUUUCAGAAUGUAACAGGUGCCUUUUAAUUCUGCAAUGAGAAUAUUAUUGAAAUAAAGAUAACAUUUUUAAACA